CAGAGAGAGAGACUCAGAGAGGUCAUUAGCAGAGCAAAAACAUUUUUCACGAAUACACAGAAAUGCUCUGCUCAGAGUCCCCUCAUUCCUUUCUUCUUUCGUCCUUCAAACCCCCUUAAUGCCACUACUUCUUUCCUCUCACUCUUUUCUCUGUCUAAGUCCUUGUGACUGAACUUUCUCUUCUACCCCACCUUUUCUUUACAAGCUUUCUCAUUUUCUCUCUCAGUUACUGAGAUUGAUCCCAAUCUCACCAAUCAACAAUUUCUUAUACUUUACUUGUAAUACACAAGGGAGAAAAUAAAAAAAUAAAAAAAUAAAAGAAAGAAGACAACUUUACUAGUUUCGCUGAAGUUUCUUCAUCAAGUUUGAAUUUUUUUUCCUUCACUCUUUUUCUGCUAAAAAUUAAUCCCAAUUUAUCGAUUCUGGAUCUCAGCUUGACUGCUGUUUAGCUCAACUUGCUUCAUUUCAUUAAUUUCGAUUUUUUUUAUUCUUAGAGAAUCAAUUUUCUCGAAGCCAUGAGUCUCGUAGUAAGUACGGCUAUUGGGAUGCUAAUACUGUGCAUUCUGUUUCUGCAAGUCCCUAAACUAUUUUCAUUCCCAGCAGCAGCCAUGAAUUGUACGGACACGACCGGUUUGUGCACGUCGUUCUUGGCCUUCAAGCCGCAACCAAACCAGACACUUGCUGUAAUCCAGAGCAUGUUCGACGUGUUGCCUAACGACGUGACCGUGGAAGGGGAUGAUGGGCAGGGGUUUGUUUUCAUUAAGAAGAACUGUUCGUGUGCGUCGGGGAUCAAGAAUUACGUGACCAACACCACGUUUACUGUGAAAUCCAGUGAAGGGAAUGUGUACGACUUGGUUAUGGAGGCCUACGAUGGGUUGGCUUCUUUGCCCAACACGACGAGACCGGCUAGAUACGGCGCCGUUGUGUCGUUGAGUCUGUUCUGUGGGUGUUCGAGUGGGCUGUGGAACUAUUUGAUGAGCUAUGUGAUGAGGGAUGGGGAUAGUAUUGAAUCGUUGGCGAGCCGGUUUGGUGUGAGUAUGGAUAGCAUUGAGAAAGUGAAUGCCAUUGACAAUCCUGCUAAUGUCACUGUGGGUGCUCUCUAUUACAUACCUCUUGACUCGGUUCCUGGUGAGCCUUAUCCUUUGAAGACUGAUAUCCCUCCCUCUCCUGGUCCUGCUCCUGCUCCAUCGAUUAGUGAUUUCUCAGCUGAUGAAGCGAAUCAUAAGGCUCAUGUGCCAUAUAUAUGGAUUGUUGGGAGUAUGGGGAUUGUUCUUGCUCUAAUUGUACUAAGUAUAGUUGUUUAUGUUACCUUGAGAUCAUCAAACUGCUUUACUGAAGCACAAAGGAGUCAUUCGAAAGAUUCUGGUGGCAAGAUUUCUCAUAAGUUCCAUAUUCUUCGGAAGCCAAGUUUCUGUUGUGGUUCAGGGAGGUAUGUCUGCUGCAAGUCUGGAGAUUUGAAGCAAAGUAAUGGAGAAUCUAGCAGCCAGCAGAUAACUAUUCCUAAAGCUCUUGGGACUGAUGUAUUUGACACGGAAAAGCCUGUGAUUUUCACAUACGAAGAAAUUUUUGCCUCCACUGAUGGAUUCUCAGAUUCAAGCCUUCUGGGGCAUGGAACAUAUGGGUCUGUGUACUAUGGUCUCCUUCGUGACCAGGAGGUUGCUAUUAAAAAGAUGACUGCUACAAAAACUAAAGAAUUUCUGGCAGAGAUGAAAGUCCUAUGCAAGGUUCACCACACAAAUCUGGUAGAAUUGAUUGGCUAUGCAGCUAGUGAUGAUGAGCUUUUCCUGAUAUAUGAGUUUGCCCAAAAAGGUUCACUUAGAAGUCAUUUACACGAUCCUCAGAACAAGGGUCAUACAUCACUUUCCUGGAUCAUGAGGGUCCAGAUUGCUCUCGAUGCUGCCAGAGGACUUGAAUAUAUCCAUGAGCACACCAAAGCUCAUUAUGUUCAUCGAGAUAUCAAGACAAGCAACAUUUUACUUGAUGGCACCUUCAGGGCAAAGAUUUCAGAUUUUGGGUUGGCAAAACUUGUUGGGAAAACAAGUGAGGGAGAGGCUUCAACAACAAAAGUAGUUGGUACAUUUGGUUAUUUGGCUCCAGAAUAUUUGAGUAAUGGCCUUGCUACAACAAAAAGUGAUGUUUAUGCGUUUGGAGUUGUUCUUCUUGAGAUUAUAUCAGGAAAGGAAGCUAUCAUUCGUACUGAAGGCAUGGCUAUGAAAAAUCCGGAAAGGCGUUCACUGGUAUCCAUUAUGCUAGCAGCUCUAAGGAACUCACCUGACUCCAUGAGCAUGUCAAGCAUGAAAGAUUACAUUGAUCCGAAUAUGAUGGAGUUGUAUCCCCAUGAUUGUCUAUUCAAGAUGGCCAUGCUAGCAAAGCAAUGUGUAGAUGAAGAUCCUAUCCUACGGCCGGACAUGAAACAAGUGGUGAUUUCCCUGUCCCACGUACUCCUUUCCUCUGUGGAAUGGGAGGCAACUCUUGCAGGGAACAGCCAAGUGUUCAGUGGCCUUGUCCAGGGAAGAUGAAGAUGGUGAUGAAGUAAUUUUCCUUUCAAUCCAUUACUCUAGCGUGUUUCCUUCUUGGCUGUGAGCCAUUUAGUAGUAAUUUUAUCUGGAUUAUUAUGCUUGUAUAGCAGCACAGAUAUAGUGGUACAAUAUGGUGGAAGUUUUUAGGCAAUCCAUUCAUGCUUUUGUGCUUAUUUUUUCUGUUUAUUAGUUGUAAUAUUCAUUGAUGAUUUUAUCUCUGGAAAAAUUUUGAUGUAAUGUAAAAUGUGAUGAUGGCACUGGGUAGAGGCUUCUUGCUUGGUAAUACAAGGCUAUUUGAGUAGGUUGGUUUUA